AGUAUAGCAAAAGAUACACUAAACUUAUUUUAGUUACUUCUUAUAUUUCUCACAUAAUUGUGUCAUUUAUUUAAAGUGUUAUCUCAUAAUUCAAGGUAAACAACCACCCGAACACGUAUUAAAGAAAUGUACCAAGGACUUAUUUGGUAUGCCAUUAUUGCCAAUGGAGUAUCCACUUCCACUGUCCUUCCUCAUCUUGAUUCCCUUCUUCUUAUUCAUCUUCAAACAAUUCAUACAAAAAUCUCGAAACCUCCCACCAGGGCCUCGUCCAUGGCCAGUGCUAGGAAAUAUUCUCCUGAUUGGAAAAAAGCCUCAUAUUUCCCUGGCACAGUUUGCCAAAAUUCAUGGUUCAUUGAUUUCUGUCAGGUUGGGAAGUCAACUGGUUGUGGUAGCUUCAUCUCCUGAUACCGCAGCUGAAAUCCUCAAGACUCAAGACCGUCUACUCUCAGCCCGGUCUGUCCCCAAAGUUGCUACAUAUGACCUCUCUGUUAUUGAUCAACACUCAAUUGUCUGGUCUAGUGAUUUGAGCAAUCACUGGAAGAUCUUACGGGCUUUUUGUCGUACACAUUUGUUCUCACCUAAAGCGAUCGAGUCACAGGCUGCUCUAAGGGAGAAAAAAGUGUCUGAAAUGAUAGAUUUUCUUAGGUCCAAUAAAGGGGAAACCGUGAAGAUUUCUGAAAUUCUGUUUGGUACCAUUUUGAACAUGUUAGGGAACCUUUUCUUUUCAAAGGAUUUAUGUCAAUUGGAUUAUGAAGGGAACACCAGUGGGAUCAAACAUGUUAUUAGAAAAUUUGUAGAAUUGGGAGCUAUGCCAAAUAUAUCAGAAUUCUAUCCGAUAUUUGAUGCUUUGGACAUACAAGGAUUGAGAAAGCAGACUGAAAUAUAUCAAAAUCAAUUGAUCGACAUCUGGAAUGAAAUUGUCAAGGAAAAAAGGCAGGCAAUUAGUCUAGGUAGCUCAACCAAAAAUCUAGAUUUUUUGGAUGUCAUGAUUCAUAGUGGAUUCUCGGAUUUACAGAUCAAUAUUUUGUUGAUGGAAUUGAUUGCUGCGGGUUCUGACACCACUACCUCAACUAUUGAAUGGGCAAUGGCAGAAUUGCUAAGGAACAAGGACUCUAUGCACAAACUUCAGGCUGAGCUUAGAAGUAAGAUGGGGGAAAAUGACAUUAUUACAGAAUCAAACAUCAGUGAACUUCCAUAUUUGGCUGCUUGUGUCAAGGAGACGUUGAGAAUCCAUCCUCCUACUCCCUUCUUGAUUCCUCGCCGUGCUCCUGAGACAUGUAAGAUUAUGGAUUACACCAUCCCAAAGAACUCGAGGUUGUUUGUGAACGUUUGGGCAAUAGGGAGAGACUCUAACACAUGGGAAGAUCCAUUAUCUUUCAGACCGGAGCGAUUUCUUGACUCCAAUCUGGAUUUCAGGGGUCAAGAUUUUGAGUUCAUACCAUUUGGUGCCGGGAGGAGAAUAUGCCCUGGAUUACCUUUUGCUAGACAAGAAGUUCACUUGAUUUUAGCUAGUUUGAUACAUUACUUUGAGUGGUCACUUCCCAACGAUGAGGAUCCAAUGCAGCUAGAUAUGGAAGAAAAGUUUGGUGUUACUCUACAGAAAGAAAAGUCUCUACUGGUUGUCCCUGUAUAAUGUGUAUCUUUUUCUUUUCUCCUAGGACAUGUAGUUUCACUUACAAAUGAAACUAGUUGUCUUCAUCACUGUCCUGACUUUGCAUAUCAUAUUUCCAUACCUCAACUAUUAAUGUAUUCUUAACUUUCUUAUUGUUUUAAACAUGUAAAUACGAAAACUGAAAAUUACCUGGCAA